GACCAAGGACACCAUGGGCUCCCUGGAGGCCCAGGAGGGGGGUGGGCUCGGCGGGGGACAGCCUCCAGGCGCGAGGGGGGUCUCAGCAAGCAGUGGUCCACCUCCUCCAGGUCCUCCCGCUCGUCCAAGAGAGGAGCCAGUCCUUCUCGCCACAGCAUGUCUGAGUGGAGGAUGCAGAGCAUCGCCCGCGACUCAGACGAUAGCUCAGAAGAAGAGUUUUUCGACGCCCACGAGGGCUUCUCAGAUAAUGAAGACGUCUUUCCCAAGGAGAUUUCCAAAUGGAAUUCCAAUGACCUCAUGGACAAGAUCGAGGCAUCGGAUGCAGAUGAAGCCUCUGGUGAGCUGUACAAAGACGUGACGGGAGAUUACGAGAGAGGUGCCAGCGAGGACAGACUGGAUGAGGAUGGCUCCUCCCAGCAGUGCUCUCAGCCCUCCAAAAUCCACGUCCUGAUCUUGGUGCUGCACGGGGGCAACAUCCUGGAUACGGGCGUCGGGGAGCCGAGCAGCAAGCAGUGCGACGUCAACACCCUGAGCGCUGCGUUCCACGCCGUGAUGCGCGUGCACUACCCCGCUGCCCUGGGCCGCGUGGCCGUGCGCCUGGUGCCCUGCCCUGCCAUCUGCGCCGACGCCUUCUCCCUGGUGUCCAACCUGAGCCCCUACAGCUACGACGAGGGCUGUCUCUCCAACAGCCAGGACCACAUCCCCCUGGCUGCCCUGCCCCUCCUCGCCACCUCCUCCCCUCACUACCAGGACGCCGUGGCAACCGUCAUCCUCCGAGCCAAUCAGGUGUACUCGGACUUCCUGCGAUCACUGGAGGGGGCCUCCUUCACCGGCCAGGUGUGUGUGAUCGGGGACUGUGUGGGGGGAAUCCUGGGUUUUGACGCUCUGUGCAGCAGCAAUCAGACGGUGUGUGAAAGCCAGAACAGCAGCCGCAGGGGCAGCCUGGUGAGCGUGCAGGACCAGGACCUGCUGUCCCCCGGCAUGGUGAUCAGCAGCGGGCUGGGCUCCACCUCGCCCUCCCUGGAGGGCAGCCGGCACCUGAGCCGCAGCAACAUCGACAUCCCGCGCUGCGGGGGCGCCGACGAGCCCCGCAGGCCGCUUCCCCGCAAGAGGAGCGACUCAUCCCACGAGCUGGACACCAUCAAGCAGCACCAGGCCUUCCUGUCCAGCCUGCACUCCAGCGUGCUGCGGAGCGACGGGACGUCUCGCAGGUCCAGCAGCAGCACCAUGCUGGACGGGAGCUCCCUGGGGAAGUUCGACUUCGAGGUGGCCGAUUUCUUCCUGUUUGGCUCCCCGCUGGGCCUGGUGCUGGCGCUGAGGAAGACCGUGGUCCCCUCUCUGGACGUGGCUCUGCUGAGGCCGGCCUGCCAGCAGGUGUACAACCUGUUCCACCCUGCCGACCCCUCGGCCUCCCGUCUGGAGCCCCUCCUGGAGAAGAAGUUCCACCUGCUGCCCCCCUUCAGCGUGCCCCGCUACCAGCGCUUCCCCCUGGGGGACGGGCACUCUGCCCUGCUGGUGGAGACAGUCCAGAGCAACCCUCAGCUCCUGCCUGACAGCGGGACGCCCCUGUUCCUGCGCUGCCAGGAGACCAUCAGUGAGACGUGCAUCCCCGUGCCCGUGUUAAACUGGCAGGAGAGCUCCCUCAAGCCCACACCAGCCAACCUGGAGUCGGAUGUUGUUCAGUCUCAUGGUGGUGUCUUCAUGGACAGUUCGUACCCCUCCUCCCCCAUAACGGGGCCCCAGUCUCGGGGUCUGCGGAGGGCCAGUGAGGCCAGCAUUGCCAGCCAGGCCUCAGGAAUGGCAGACAGUUACACUGCCACCAACAUAGCCAACACACAAACGUGCCAAACUAACCAGUCAAAAAAGGUCAGCCUUUUGUCCCAGCUGGCCCUGUCCUCACAAAAUAAGUUCUUCCUGAGAAGUCCACCCAAGUCCCGCAGGAACGCCGGCCCCGCCCCGCCCCCGGUCCCUCGGGAGCCUGGCACCAGGCGCAAGCAGCAGCCCGACCCAGACCUGGACGCUGGCUCCGAGACUAACGGACGUCUGAGCCCGUGGGGCACAGACGAGCCGUGCCUCUCUGCAGGGCUGGAGAACGCCAUGUGUGACCUGAUCUCUCUGGACUCCCAGACCGAAGUGGACGAAGUCGCAGCCCGCUGGUGGGGCACCAAAAGGAUGGACUUUGCCCUCUACUGCCCCGACGCGCUGACGGCGUUCCCCACUGUGGCGCUGCCUCACCUGUUCCAUGCCUCCUACUGGGAGUCCACUGACGUGGUCUCCUUCCUGCUGCGACAGGUGAUGAGACACGAUAACUCCAGCAUCCUGGAGCUGGACGGCAAGGAGGUGUCAGAGUUCACCCCGUCCAAACCCAGGGAGAAGUGGCUCCGCAAGAGGACCCACGUCAAGAUCAGGAACGUGACAGCCAACCACCGCAUGAGUGAUGCAGUGUUCACAGAGGGCAACCAGCAGGUGUUGACAGGACGCUUUAUGUACGGACCCCUCGACAUGGUCACCCUGACUGGGGAGAAGGUGGAUCUCCACAUCAUGACUCAGCCUCCGUCCGGAGACUGGGUCUUCUUCGACACGGAGCUGACCAAUAGCAGCGGCCGGGUGUCCUUCAUCCUCCCAGAGGGAAGGAAGCUGGGAAUCGGAGUCUACCCCGUGAAAAUGGUGGUCAGAGGGGACCACACAUUUGCAGACAGCUACCUGACGGUGCUUCCCAACGGAACAGAGUUUGUGGUGUUCAGCAUCGACGGCUCGUUCGCUGCCAGUGUCUCGAUCAUGGGGAGUGACCCCAAGGUGCGCGCAGGAGCCGUGGACGUGGUCAGACACUGGCAGGACCUGGGCUACCUCAUCAUCUACGUGACGGGCCGUCCAGACAUGCAGAAGCAGCGCGUGGUGGCCUGGCUCUCUCAGCACAACUUCCCCCACGGCAUCGUGUCCUUCUGCGACGGCCUGGUCCACGACCCCCUCCGCCACAAGGCCAACUUCCUCAAGUCCCUCACAGAGGCGCACAUGAAGAUCAUCGCAGGCUACGGUUCGACUAAAGACAUCUCCGUCUACACGGCCAUCGGUCUCACUUCCUCACAGAUCUACAUCGUUGGCCGGCCGUCCAAGAAGAUGCAACAUCAGUGCCAGUUCAUCACGGAGGGCUACGCCACCCACCUGUCUCAGCUGGAGUACACCCACCGCUCCCGGCCCGCCAAGACCUGCAGCGCCCGCAUGGUCCUGCGGAAAGGCAGCUUCGGCCUGGGCACCAACAGCGACUACCUGCGCAAGCGGAACCACCUGCUGCGCACCAUCUCCGCCCAGCCAGCCCCAACCUCGCCCACGGGCGCGGCUCACGGGCGGCCGGAGCGCACGCAGAGCCAGUCGGACACGGAGCGCGUGGAGCGGGAGCGGCCUGAGAGGAGCCACGGGCAGGGACCCGCCCAGCGCAGCAUGAGCAUGGCCGCCAGCUGCUUCGGACGCAGCGGCAGCACCAAGCUGGAGCCUGGAGCUUUCAACCUGAAAUAGGGAGAG